CUGUCACAAAGCCGUCACAGAAAUCUUCCGAGGUUACCGCUAAGAGACCCACGGAUGGAUCGAUCGCGAUGGCGACUUGGCGACAGCCGAUCUUCGAUACCUGCGCAUACCGAAUUACAGAGCAUCCGUACGAUCUGCAUUCUGCCGAACUCCCACAGCCCGCAAAAGGGGUCAUGUAAGAAUGCAGCGACAACAUGCAUAAUCCUAUUAUAAAUCUGAAAGGCGAACCCCCCAUGACGGCCGCAGCUCCCUCGAAAGUGACGGAGCUCCUCAACCGACUCCAACGAAAUCACCCCCUCGUCAAAUUCCUCCGGUUCCAAUGGCAGGACUACUCGGGUGUGCUCCGUGGCCGGGUGGUCCCCCUCGACACCGCCAUGGCGCAAAUUGCAGAGGGCAAGCCACUUAAGGCGACCGGACUGGCGCUCACCUGCUCUGUAGACAACCAUCUCAUCCCCGGAACCCCCACCGAUGCUCAAUUCUGGCUCGUGCCGGACUGGUCGACACUGCACCCGAACAUUGGGUCAGGGAGUGCCCAGGUGCUCUGCUCGCUGGACUACACCUUACCAGGCCACGAGAUGACCCAGGCCCUGUGCCCUCGCCACACCCUGUCCCGAGUCCUGCGGCAGGCCCAAGAGCGCUGGGGUCUGUCCUUCCUCGUCGGCUUCGAGGUCGAGUUCCUGAUCCUCAAACCCAACCCAACGACCGGCCAGAUGGAGCGCUGCAGCCGAGGCUGGGGCCUGUUCUCCAUCUCCGGUCUCCGCGACCCCUGCUACGAGCACAUCGAGCUAUGCGUGCUCCAGCUCAAAGCUCGCGGGGUGGACAUCCAGGCGAUCCACACCGAAGGCGUACGCGGACAGUACGAGUUCGCGCUGGGUCCCAAGCCCCCGAUGCAGGCGGUCGACCAGCUCCUGCUGGUGCACAGCUAUCUCAAAGACACCUUCGCGCAGCACGGCUGCACGGUGACGAUGGCGCCCAAGCCCGUGGCGGGCGACUCGCUGGCCAACGGCCAGCACACGCACCUUUCUCUGCAGCCUGCCAGCCCGCACCUCGAGGAGUCCUUCCUGGCUGGCAUGCUGAAGCGCCUCCCGAGUCUCUGCAGCUUCUGCCUGCCGCAAGAUGUGUCGUACGAGCGGCUCAAGCCGUUCGUGGCGGGCGCGGACACGGCAUGCUGGGGCACUGAGUGCCGCCUCGUGCCUAUUCGCAAGAUCGAGCCCAGCCGGUGGGAAAUCCGGUGCAUCGAUGCCAUGGCGAACAUGUACUCGACGCUGGCGGCGAUUAUCGGGGCUGGGCUCAUGGGUCUCGCAGGGCAGGAGCCAUUGGUGUGGCCGGACCUGGGCGAUCCGGCGAACGCAGACGCGGAUCGUGGAGAGCCGCUGCCGAAGAAGUUGGAUGAGGCGUUGGAUCUGUUGGAUGCAGAUGCUGGGGACCUGGCUGCUGUUAUUGGGCGUCGUAUCAUCGAUCAAUAUGUUGGGACGAAACGGUUUGAGGUGUCCUCGCUGUCGAAGUUGGAUCCGGAGGAGGUGAGGGAGCUGUUCAAUGAGUUGUUUUAGUGACGGCGGGCCGUCUAUAUUUAGUUGUUCGACGUAUAGAGCGAAAAGAUGAUUGAUUGUAAUGAUACUGCUGUUUUCGGCACUUUGGUUUGGGUCCUAUAGAGAGCCAUAUACCAUGCCAA